AGCGGCUCACCCCAGGAGAGUUUAUGCCCAUCACCAUGGGAACGAUUCCCUCUAAAAUCGAUCAAGGUGUAAAGUGUCGUCGGUUGACCAACAAUUGCUCGUAAAACCUCGAUUAUUACGUUCAAGGUUGACUGUCAUAGUCUUGUGCUCCCAUGGGUGCAACACUCUCAAGUCGUGCGCAAUGGACCUCUGCCAGUGAUCAUGGCAAGGGGAAGCUGGCCUUCACUCCUCAAAAUGAAACCCUUCUUAAUGAUAUUGUGCAAAAUAUCGAGGGUAUGGUUAAUAAAAAUCCACAUGAGGCAGAAGUUGUGUUUAAAGAACCAUUCAAAUGGCACACCCACCUUAAACCCGAAGCAUUUGGUUCCCUGAACUUUGGGUCUUUGGGGUAUGAAGUAAGUGAUCGUGAAGUUAAGUCUGAAGCCAAGACACCAUCAGGAGAACCAUUACUGCUAAUGGAAAAGGAUGGAAACCAGUGUGUUGUCAAAGUUUGGAGUUUUGAGCAGAUUCAAAGUAUCCUGAAGGUGGCAGCAGAGAAAAAAUGUCAAGAGGUCCAGGCAUGUGUGGAAGAAAACUCUGACCCCAUUGCACUCAUCAUGGGUCCUGCCUAUGCACAAAUCAGCAGUAGUGAUAACGCAUUACUGAAGGCUCAUGAGGACUUGAACAAGGCACGGGCUGAUUCUGCUGAAAAUGCUGACGAGCUAGAUAGCAAGUUCCGCCUGAUGCUGCUCCUAAACCAGCUUGAUAUGCAACUCAUGCAUUCAUCCGUUGAGCAAAUUGCAAAGGAAGUGAGACUGAACCCUGAAGCUGUCCAGUCUGAGUAUGAGCUGUUGAAGUCAUUCUCUGGCUCUGAGGACACAUGCUGUUUAGAAACCAUCAACUGGACUCUUGAUUAUCAGUUCAGUAAUGGGUGUCAUGCACCUCCUUGGCGUCAAGUUCAUGGGGACAUCAGUUAUAUAGACAUUAAGCCCCUGGAUGGUGACGCAUUUUGUGUCAUAGCCAGUACAUCUGGCUUUUUCAUCACUGGCAAGGAUUCCAAUGGGGAACUGAGCUAUGAGCGUGAGGGAGAUGUCUAUCCUACACUUGCAGCACUACUUAAAAAGAAGAGUGUCCAUUUUGCAGAUACUAUUGACAAAAAGGAAUUUUCCUAUUAUGGAACGCUGAACCAAAAGGAUCAGCUUGAAAGAACAAAGGAUGAGACGUCUUACAUGAAUGAGAAUGAGACCCAAGUGGAUGGAACAGCGGAUGACAAAGUGGAAGCUAAGAAUAAGCAGAAUGCUUCCCAAAGCAAAAAAGAGGAUAGGUCUGCACAAAAGAAGAAAAAAGGAGCUAAAGGGAGAACCCUUGAGCCAUCUCAAAAAUGGAAGAACAUCGGCUUUGGUGGGGACCUGGUAGAGGAGGAACCAACCAGCAAAGACAAGGCAAACAAAAGCAAAGCAGACAAGAAACCACAGUCUAGACACAGUAAAAGCCGUGAAAGCUCCAAAGACACCCGUCAAUCGACGCGUUUGAAGGGCGAUAUUGACGAUGACUUUAGUGAGAGUUCAUCAGAGAGUGAGGAGGAGGAAGAAAGCCAGGAUAGACGACAGGAAUCCAAUGCUGAUCUUCCAUCUGAGUACUGGCAGAUACAGAAGCUUGUCAAGUACCUCAAGGGUGGUAACCAGACGGCUACGAUCAUCGCUCUGUGUGCCAUGCGAGACUUCAACUUGACUCAGGAGACAUGUCAACUAGCCAUACGUGACGUGGGAGGUCUGGAGGUUCUGAUUAAUCUACUGGAGACAGAGGAGAUCAAGUGCAAGAUCGGCUCCCUGAAGAUUCUAAAGGAGAUCUCGCGAAAUACGCUUAUUCGCAAAGCAAUCGCUGACUUAGGAGGUCUGCAAACUAUGGUUAAUAUCGUCCAGUCUAUGAACAAAGAGCUCAAGUGCCUCGCUGCAGAAACCAUCGCUCACGUCGCCAAGUUCCGCCGCGCGAGAAGAACAGUUAGACAGUAUGGAGGCAUUAGGAAACUGGUUAGUCUCCUAGACUGCGGCCUGCUUUCUGGUGCCUCUGAUAUCGACGUUGCCGUUGCGAGAAGCGGGGCAUUGGCUUUGUGGAGUUGUAGCAAAAGCACCAAGAACAAGAAAGCAAUCCGGAAGGCUGGUGGUAUACCUCUUCUUGCAAGACUGCUAAAGUCGAAGAACGAGGCAAUGCUUAUUCCCGUAGUUGGCACCCUUCAAGAGUGUGCGUCAGAACAAACGUACCGACUUGCCAUCCGAACUGAGGGGAUGGUCGAGGACCUCGUGAACAACCUCAAGAGCGAAAAUCAGGAACUUCAGCGGCAUUGCGCAAGUGCCAUAUUCAAGUGCGCUGAAGAUGAAGAUACUCGUAACCUUGUACGGCAGUAUGGCGGCCUUGAUCCACUUGUCUCUUUACUCACAAAUAUCGAGAACAAAGAGCUGCUUGCGGCGGCCACGGGCGCGAUCUGGAAAUGUUCUAUCAGUGUCGAAAAUGUAACCAGGUUCCAAGAGCUAAAGGCUAUCGAGCAGCUUGUAGCACUCCUCACAGACCAACCGGAAGAAGUGCUUAUCAACGUUGUUGGUGCCCUUGGCGAAUGUGCCCAGAUGUUGGCCAACCGAACCGCGAUCCGCAAAGCCGGGGGCAUCCCCUCCCUUGUGAACCUUUUGACGAGUACUAACCAAGCGCUGUUAGUUAACGUGACUAAGGCGGUCGGCGCUUGCGCCACUGAGCCCGAUAACAUGGCUAUCAUCGAUCGCCUAGAUGGCGUUCGACUUCUAUGGUCGCUGUUGAAGUCCACUAACCCUAGGGUACAAGCCAGCGCUGCUUGGGCUAUAUGUCCGUGUAUUGAAAAUGCCAAGGAUGCUGGUGAGAUGGUUCGCUCGUUUGUCGGCGGCCUGGAGCUGAUUGUCAGUCUUCUCAAGUCCAAUGACCAGGAGGUGCUGGCUAGUGUGUGCGCCGCGAUCGCCAACAUUGCCAAAGACGAGGAGAAUCUUGCUGUAAUUACGGAUCACGGAGUGGUACCUAUGCUCGCUAAACUCGCCUCCACGAAAGAGGACCGUCUUCGUCAGUACCUCGCGGAGUCUAUAGCAAGGUGCUGUAUGUGGGGUAAUAACCGCGUGGCAUUUGGCAAAGAGGGCGCUGUACCUCCACUUGUCGGUUACCUCAAGUCUCCAAGUCAAGACGUGCACAGGGCUACCGCGCGUGCGCUUUACCAGCUAUCACGUGACCCAGACAACUGCAUUUCCAUGCACGACAGCGGGGUCGUCCAGCCGUUGAUGAAGAUGGUGGGGUCACAGGACGACGUGCUGCAGGAGGCGUCCGCGGGUUGCCUGAAGAACAUCAGAAAACUUGCCCUUGCCAACGAGAAGGCCAAGUACCACUGAGUUUGCACAUUGUAAAUCAAGAUUCCUCUCAAAACUUGUAAAUAGGGUAAUAACCCAUUGGUGUCUCUUAAUGUUCAACUAGCGAACGGUAUUUUGUUUGUAUGAUAAAAAUAAUAAAAAUUUUAUUCUUGCA